CAACUGGGCAGAGGAUCCUCCUCACAUCGUGACUGAAUAAAACGAGGUUUAGCCACUUCUGCUCCAGCAGUGGGGUUCAUGGCGUCGUUCAGCUUUCUCCCAGGAGAGACUCUCAAGCAGGAGCUGAUUUCUUCUCAGAUCUGACCACUGUAGCCCUCAGUAAUUAUAGCAUCGCUGAAAUCCUGAGCUAAAAACAGAAGUGCAGCAUGUGCCUGUUCCCCAUGUGAUUCGGAAAGCAGGAAAUUGAAGGAGCCUGACUGAGGAGAGGGAGUGCAAAGCAAUAGACAUAGCUCGCCUUUAUCUCAAACCUGCUAAGCCCGGGACACAGAAGCUGUCAUCCGCCGGAGCUGAUUAUGCAUGCAGCCGAAACGCAGCCUGAUUGGAUGUAGUAGGACCUAAGGCGACGAGGAGAGGGAGCGGAGAGUUGGUUCUGCUCUUCCCCACUGCAAUGUAAACACUGGGAAGCGAGAGGGAGUGGAACGCCUUUUGCUCUCGGCUGCGAGCGGCAGCUCCUAUGGCUCCGGCAUUGUACCUCUUGCAGACCUAGCUCUGCCUGACUCGAUGAGCAGAAGCGGAGACUUGGGGGAAUCUCCUGGCUGUGGAUAUAAAUAGGGGGCAAGGAGGAUGCGCUAGCUUUCUCCGGCAGCGCCGCAGCCCCUUCGUGCUCUGCGCCGCAGCUGGGACAGGGCAGGGCAAUGGACAUGAACAUGAAGAAGUUCACAGUGCGUCGCUUCUUCUCAGUCUACCUCCGAAAGAAGUCUCGGUCAAAGAGCUCCAGCCUAAGUAGAUUCGAGGAAGAAGGUAUCGUGAAGGAAAUAGACAUCAGUCAUCAUGUGAAGGAAGGUUUUGAAAAGGCAGAUCCUUCACAGUUUGAGCUGCUCAAAGUAUUAGGCCAAGGUUCAUAUGGAAAGGUAUUUCUGGUGAGGAAGAUCAAAGGAUCUGAUGCAAGUCAGCUUUAUGCCAUGAAAGUACUAAAGAAGGCAACUCUGAAAGUUCGGGAUCGGGUACGAUCGAAAAUGGAGAGAGAUAUUUUGGCAGAAGUGAAUCAUCCUUUCAUAGUCAAGCUUCAUUAUGCAUUUCAAACAGAGGGAAAGUUGUAUCUAAUACUAGAUUUCCUGCGGGGAGGGGACCUAUUCACAAGACUGUCCAAAGAGGUGAUGUUUACAGAAGAGGAUGUCAAGUUCUACUUAGCUGAGCUGGCCUUGGCAUUAGACCACCUCCAUGGUCUUGGAAUUAUUUACAGGGAUCUAAAACCAGAAAACAUUCUUCUUGAUGAAGAGGGCCACAUUAAGAUAACAGACUUUGGUCUAAGUAAAGAAGCUAUAGAUCAUGACAAGAGAGCAUAUUCGUUUUGUGGGACAAUAGAGUACAUGGCCCCAGAGGUGGUCAACCGACGAGGACACACACAGAGUGCAGACUGGUGGUCUUUUGGUGUACUCAUGUUUGAGAUGCUGACGGGAUCAUUGCCCUUCCAGGGAAAAGACAGAAAGGAAACCAUGGCACUCAUUCUCAAAGCCAAACUGGGAAUGCCACAGUUCCUGAGUGCAGAAGCACAGAGCCUGCUGCGAGCCCUCUUCAAAAGGAACCCCUCCAACAGAUUAGGUGCUGGACUUGAUGGAGUAGAAGAAAUCAAGCGUCACCCUUUCUUUGGUACUAUAGACUGGAAUAAACUGUACAGGAAAGAAAUCAAGCCACCUUUCAAGCCUGCAGUGGGACGGCCAGAAGACACCUUUCAUUUUGAUCCAGAGUUCACAUCUCGGACUCCCACAGAUUCCCCAGGUGUUCCUCCAAGUGCCAAUGCUCAUCAUCUUUUCAGAGGGUUCAGCUUCAUUGCCUCUAACUUGGUGCAGGAGCCUGCACAGCAAGAUGUGCACAAAAUCACCAUUCACCCAAUUGUGCAGCAGCUACAUGGGAACAACAUUCACUUCACAGAUGGGUACGAGAUCAAGGAGGACAUAGGAGUUGGCUCCUAUUCAGUGUGCAAAAGAUGCGUUCAUAAAGCUACAGAAACAGAGUUUGCAGUGAAGAUAAUUGAUAAGAGCAAGAGAGACCCCUCUGAAGAAAUUGAGAUCCUCUUGCGAUAUGGACAGCACCCAAACAUUAUUACUCUUAAAGAUGUCUAUGAUGAUGGGAAAUACGUGUACCUGGUGAUGGAGCUGAUGCGGGGAGGUGAGCUCCUGGACCGCAUUCUUCGUCAGAAGUGCUUCUCAGAGCGGGAGGCCAGCGCUGUGCUGUGCACCAUCACCAGGACUGUGGAUUACCUGCAUUCUCAGGGUGUGGUGCACCGAGAUCUCAAGCCAAGUAAUAUCCUCUACAUGGAUGAGUCAGGAAACCCAGACUCCAUCAGGAUCUGUGACUUCGGGUUUGCCAAGCAACUGAGAGCUGAAAAUGGGCUGCUCAUGACACCCUGCUACACGGCCAACUUUGUGGCUCCUGAGGUCCUUAAACGACAAGGUUAUGAUGCAGCCUGUGACAUCUGGAGCUUGGGGAUCCUACUGUAUACCAUGUUGGCAGGAUUCACUCCUUUUGCAAAUGGACCAGAUGACACCCCAGAGGAGAUUCUGGCCAGGAUUGGCAGUGGCAAAUAUGCUCUAACGGGAGGAAACUGGGAUUCAGUAUCUGAUACUGCAAAGGACAUUGUAUCUAAGAUGCUUCAUGUAGACCCCCAUCAGCGCCUCACAGCAGUCCAAGUCCUAAGACAUCCAUGGAUAGUGAACAGGGAGUAUCUGUCUCAAAAUCAACUCAGCAGACAGGAUGUUCAUCUGGUGAAGGGUGCAAUGGCAGCCACUUACUUUGCUUUAAACCAAGCACCUCAGGCACCAAGGCUCGAGCCUGUAUUGUCCUCCAAUCUGGCUCAGCGACGGGGCAUGAAGAGACUUACCUCAACCAGGUUGUAGCAGCACCCCCAAAAUGCCUCUUUGAAAACCUACAGUUUAUUGUUUGAGAAAUUCAUCCUUACUUGGCUAGCAGAAUGGUUUUGGACAACCUGCACACGAAAUCACCAGAAUUAGCAGAAGCCCAGUGUAAGGCAAAGUUCUCCUUUAUUCAGUUGUUUUUUGAACAUUCCAGCCAGCAUCCUGAGUUUAACAACUUUACGAAGAUGUGCCAAUUUUACUGGUAGCUCUUUCCUUACUGAGAUGAAGCCAAAUGAAGUAGGUGUGCUCCGUCAUUCCCACCUAGAAAAUACUAUUUUUGAGUCCUUAAGAUGUUCCACAGGAACACUGUUUUCAUGUUUUUUUCCUCAUGAGAAGCACUUUUUGCUAUGAAGAACACAGGUUUAAAUGUUUUCAGCUGUUCCAGCAUGCGUCAUGAUGAAGUGACUUCGCUGGUCAGCAGCAGACAUCUACUGAUCUCUAUUCACUCCAGGAAGAAUGAAUGCUGCACAGACAUGUGAAUAAUAACUUGCCUGAACCAGGUGCUGUACGACAUGAAGGACAGUGAGCUGUCAGUGGUGGACAUACCUUCUGAUUUCAAGAAAUCCUUUGCACUUUGUACCUACUUUCUCUGGAACAAAGCCAGCGUCGUUCAAAGAGUAUCUGCUGCCAGCCCUGACUUACUGUCCCAGAGAGAAAACACCUGAGAACCUUGGUCCUUGGAGGAAAUUACUGAGUUUUACAAGACUGUGGUAAUGCAUUCUUGGUAAAACAGUGUGAACAGGAGCUUCUGUAUGAAGAGAUAAAAAAAUGUGUGGUCUCCACCAGCAAGCAGUGGCUUUGGAAGAACUAGGAGGGGGAACCAAGCAGAAGCAGGGAGCAGUGCAGAUGAAUUAGAGGAUGGUAGGUAAAAAGAUCCAUGGCAGCGUGGUGAGGAGUACUUCCACAUGUGCAUGUGUUUAGGGGGCAUACUGGGAUAUCUGUAAAAGCAAGGGUCAGGCCCUCUUCAGCAGCUGGUACAGAAUAGAGUUGGUAGGUGGCUGGGCUGCCAAAGGGCUGAAUGGGUUGGUGCAGCCACCCUCCUACACCACACCAAAUCAGCUCUGGCAGGCCAGAGUGCCAUCCUGGAGCAGCAAGGCCAUUUCCAGUCAUUGCCUCCUGCCCUUUGUAGCAGCUCACCCAAAUCCACCUCCAUUAUCUAAUGUUUCAUGUCCCUUCCUAGCUGUUUUGCUCUAGCUGAGAUACACUCUCUGUGGCACGUGUGCAGAGAACACCCAUUUCUGAAGACCAGCUAAUUCUGUUACAAGCUUUAAUAACAGUCAUUUAGGAGGAGAAAUGGGAGGAGGCUCUGCUUUUAUAUUUAUAUAAAUAUGUAUAUGUGUAUUUAUAUAUAUAUAAAACACAAGUUCUGUACCCUAACACUUGGAUUUUUCCUGAUUCAGGGAAAGUAAACUUUCUUGAAAUGGUCUCAGCAAAAUGGACCUUUUUUUUUCCCCCUCAUUCUCUGAUCUCAAAGAAAGUAUGCCAGGUUUGUGGUGCUGGGUGUAAACUAUUUUUUUAAUUCUCUUUCUUACCCACCUUGACUUAACAGUGGUCACAAGCUGACCAAGAUUGCUCUCUGUACUGUUUCUAUUUUCAUUUUCCAAGUAGAUUUUGUCACCUGGGGAUGUUUUGUGGGAAAAGCUAAUAUGUUAUAUUGGCUUCUGUUGUUUUUUUUUCCUGUUUGUGAUAGGGGAAAGAAAACAAAACAACAACAACAAAAACAAAUACAAAGGGAAGUGUGAACAUGGAACUUCAUGUGCUAGAGAUGACAAUUUUUUUUUCCUUGCUGGGUAACUUAAACAUUUUGGUGCUGGGCUGGGAUUACCAGAUCAUUGCAUCAGAGUGUCCAAGGAGGUCAAGAGUGUCCAAGGGAACAAGGAGUUGCAUUUGCUAUAGCAAUAUGCUUCCUAAAACUAACUUUGUUCCAGUGUGGACUGAAAAUUGGUUUGGUUUAGUCUAUUUUUAAAUUUAAAUUUAUUCUUACUAAUUUAAACCAAUAUUUAAUGUUCAGGUUUAUGUGCUGUGCACAGAGAACUGCUGCAAAGCAGCUCUCCUUGAAGCAUUUUCUCUUUUUCUGGAAUAAACAAUGCUGUGAAACUUCA